AUGCGUUUUGGAUACUUCACUUUUUGUGUUAUUCUUGGUAUUUUCACAAUAUCAGCAGCUCCAGCUAGAUAUGAUUUUGGAAAGCGAGCAUUUGGAGAAUAUGAUUAUGGAGAACAAGAUCUUGGAGAAGACGAUUAUGGAGAGGACGAUAUAGACCAAGAAUUUGGAGAACAUGAAAAUGAUUCUUUAGAGCGAGAUGAUGGAGAACAUGAUGAUAAAGAGCAUGAAUUUGGAGAUGUUGAAGAAUAUGAUUCCGUAGAGCGAGAUGUCGAAGAAUAUGAUUCUAUAGAGCGUGAUGUUGAAGAACAUAAUUCUGUAGAGCGAGAUGAUGGAGAACAAGAACUUGGAGAACACGAUAAUGGAGAGCAAGAAUUUGAAAUAGGUGACUAUGAAAAGAAAGAUGUUGGAGAUGGUGAUUAUGGAGAGCAAGAACUUGGAGAGAAUGAUUUAGAGGAAGAAUUUGGAGAAGAAGAUUAUAAAGAGGAAGAUGUUGGAGAUGAUGAUUAUGGAAAGCAAGAACUUGGAGACAAUGAUUUAGAGGAAGAACUUGAAAAAGAUGACUAUGAAGGGAAAGCUGUUGGAGACGAUGAUUAUAGAGAGCAAGAGCUUGGAGAGAAUGAUUUAGAGCAAGAAUUUGAAAAAGAUGACUAUAAAGAGGAAGAUGUUGGAGAUGAUGAUUAUGGAGAGCAUAAACUUGGAGAGAAUGAUUUAGAGCAAGAAUUUGAAAAAGAUGACUAUGAAGAGAAAGAUGUUGGAGAUGAUGAUUAUGGAAAGCCAGAACUUGGAGAGAAUGAUUUAGAGGAAGAAUUUGGAGAAGAGGAUUAUAAAAACGAAGAUGUUGGAGAUGAUGAUUAUGGAGAGCAAGAACUUGGAGAGAACGAUUUAGAGCAAGAAUUUGGAGAAGAGGAUUAUGAAGAGAAAAAUGUCGGAGAUGAUAAUGGAGAUCAAGAACUUGGAGAGAAUGAUUUAGACCAAGAAUUUGAAAAAGAUGACUAUAAAGAGGAAGAUGUUGGAGAUGAUGAUUAUGGAAAGCAAGAACUCGGAGAGAACGAUUUAGAGGAAGAAUUUGGAGAAGAGGAUUAUGAAGAGGAAGAUGUUGGAGAUGAUGAUUAUGGAGAGCAAGAACUUGGAGAGAACGAUUUAGAGCAAGAAUAUGAAAAAGAUGACUAUAAAGAGGAAGAUGUUGGAGAUGAUGAUUAUGGAAAGCAAGAACUUGGAGAGAACGAUUUAGAGGAAGAAUUUGGAGAAGAGGAUUAUGAAGAGAAAAAUGUCGGAGAUGAUUAUGGAGAUCAAGAACUUGGAGAGAAUGAUUUAGACCAAGAAUUUGAAAAAGAUGACUAUAAAGAGGAAGAUGUUGGAGAUGAUGAUUAUGGAAAGCAAGAACUUGGAGAGAACGAUUUAAAGGAAGAAUUUGGAGAAGAGGAUUAUGAAGAGGAAGAUGUUGGAGAUGAUGAUUAUGGAGAGCAAGAACUUGGAGAGAACGAUUUAGAGCAAGAAUUUGAAAAAGAUGACUAUAAAGAGGAAGAUGUUGGAGAUGAUGAUUAUGGAAAGCAAGAACUUGGAGAGAACGAUUUAAAGGAAGAAUUUGGAGAAGAGGAUUAUGAAGAGGAAGAUGUUGGAGAUGAUGAUUAUGGAGAGCAAGAACUUGGAGAGAAUGAUUUAGAGGAAGAAUUUGGAGAAGAGGAUUAUAAAGAGGAAGAUGUUGGAGAUGAUGAUUAUGGAGAGCAAGAACUUGGAGAGAACGAUUUAGAGCAAGAAUUUGAAAAAGAUGACUAUAAAGAGGAAGAUGUUGGAGAUGAUGAUUAUGGAAAGCAAGAACUUGGAGAGAACGAUUUAAAGGAAGAAUUUGGAGAAGAGGAUUAUGAAGAGGAAGAUGUUGGAGAUGAUGAUUAUGGAGAGCAAGAACUUGGAGAGAACGAUUUAGAGCAAGAAUUUGAAAAAGAUGACUAUAAAGAGGAAGAUGUUGGAGAUGAUGAUUAUGGAAAGCAAGAACUUGGAGAGAACGAUUUAAAGGAAGAAUUUGGAGAAGAGGAUUAUGAAGAGGAAGAUGUUGGAGAUGAUGAUUAUGGAGAGCAAGAACUUGGAGAGAACGAUUUAGAGCAAGAAUUUGAAAAAGAUGACUAUAAAGAGGAAGAUGUUGGAGAUGAUGAUUAUGGAAAGCAAGAACUUGGAGAGAACGAUUUAGAGGAAGAAUUUGGAGAAGAGGAUUAUAAAAAGGAAGAUGAAGAUGUUGGAGAUGAUGAUUAUGGAAAGCAAGAACUUGGAGAGAACGAUUUAGAGGAAGAAUUUGGAGAAGAGGAUUAUGAAGAGAAAAAUGUCGGAGAUGAUGAUUAUGGAGAGCAAGAACUUGGAGCACACGAUUUUGGCGAGUAUGAUUUAGAGCAAGAAUUAAUAGAUCAUGAUUAUGGAAAAUAUGAUUAUGAUGAGAAUGAUGUUGGAGAAUACGGUUAUGAAGUGCAAGAUGUUGGACAACAUGAUGAUGUAGAGCAAGAUGUUGGAGAACAUGAUAAUGGAGAGCAAGAUAUUGGACAACAUGAUGAUGUAGAGCAAGAUGUUGGAGAACAUGAUAAUGGAGAGCAAGAUAUUGGACAAGAUGAUGAUGUAGAGCAAGAUGUUGGAGAACAUGAUAAUGGAGAGGAAGGUAUUGGACAACAUGAUGAUGUAGAGCAAGAUGUUGGAGAUUAUGAUAAUGAAGAACAAAAGCUUAGAGAAAAUGAUAAUGCAGAGCAAGAUGUUGGAGAACACGAUAAUGUAGAACAAGAUGUUGGAGAACAUAAUAAUCUAGAGCAAGAUGUUGGAGAACAAAAUAAUGGAGAGGAAAUACUUGAAGAACAAGAUAAUGUAGAGCAGGAUGUUGGAGAAAAUGAUAAUGAAGAACAAAAACUUGGAGAACACGAUAAUGAAGAGCAAAAAGUUGGAGAACACGAUAAUGUAGAGCAAGAUGUUGGACAACUAAAUAAUGAAGAGCAAAAACUUGGUGAUAAUGAAGAGCAACAACUUGGUGAACAUGAUAAUGAAGAGCAAAAACUUAGUGAACAUGAUAAUGAAGAACAAAAACUUGGAGAACACGAUAAUGCAGAGCAUGAUGUUGGAGAACAUAAUAAUGGAGAGGAAAUACUUGAAGAACAAGAUAAUGUAGAGCAGGAUGUUGGAGAACAUGAUAAUGAAGAGCAAAAACUUAGAGAACACGAUAAUGUAGAGCAAGAUGUUGGAGAACAUAAUAAUGAAGAGCAAGACGUUAUAGAACAAAAUAAUGAAGAGGAAAAACUUGGACAUCAUGAUAAUGUAGAGCAAGAUGUUAGAGAACAUGAUAAUGUAGAGCAAGAUGUUGGAGAACAUAAUAUUCUAGAGCAAGAUGUUGGAGAACAAAAUAAUGAAGAGGAUAAACUUGGAGAAGACGAUAAUGUAGAGCAGGAUGUUGGAGAACACGAUAAUGUAGAGCAAUAUGUUGAAGAACAUGAUAAUGAAGAGCAAAAACUUAGAGAACACGAUAAUGUAGAGCUAGAUGUUGGACAACAUGAUAAUGACGAACAAAAACUUGGUGAACACGAUAAUGUAGAGCAAGAUGGUGGAGAACAUAAUAAUGAAGAGCAAAAACUUGUUGAACAUGAUAAUGAAGAGCAAGAUGUUGUAAAACGUGAUAAUGAAGAGCAAAAUCGUGGUGAACAUGUUAAUGAAUAA